GAUGUUUGGAAGUCCCGGGAUGAACGUAGCUAUACGUGUUGCAGAACUCGGUCAAGGAUUGAUCCUCAUAUCGCUUUCAAUCUAUCGUUAUCUUGAAGAAUGCUUAAAAGCCAGGUCAGCAGUGUUGCUGAAGACAGACGGGCUCUCCCACCGAGUGCUCUCAGUUCACGAACACUCUUCGACGUACUUUCUUCAUCAUGCUGUCUUUCUUCACCACUGCUGUUUCUUUUGCAGCUGCACUUACUCCCGUGCUGGGCGCUCCCCAUAUUGCGCUCCGCGAUGUUGAAAGGUUUGCGGGAAAAGUCAAACAGAGUGGUUACAUCGUGACUAUGAAGGACAAGACGUCGAGGGACUCGCUUGUUGAGGGCCUCGGCUCGUCCGUCACUGCGUUAUACAACCGCACCUCUACAGGAUUCGCCGGGAUACUCGAUGACGAGACCCUGAACGAAAUCCGCGCUCACCCUGAUGUCGCCACUGUCGCUGAAGAUGGCAUUGUCUCCAUUACCACCAUCCAAACAGACGCCCCUUGGGGCCUCAACCGGAUUUCUCAAUCAAGUGCCCUCAGCGCUUCUGAUACAUCGGCUUUGACCUAUACCUAUACAUACGACGCCACCGGAACUGGUGUAGAUGUCUAUGUCGUCGAUACAGGUAUCUACACGGCACACACCACCUUUGGCGGCCGCGCGACUUGGGGAGCGACAUUCGGUGGCUACAACUCUGCCGAUGGUAAUGGUCACGGUACCCAUGUAUCAGGAACUAUUGGUGGUGCCCAAUUCGGUGUAGCCAAAGAUGUUAGCUUGAUUGCCGUCAAAGUUCUCAGCGAUUCAGGCUCUGGUUAUAUCUCCGACAUCCUUUCGGGAUUUGACUGGGUUAUCAAUGCUGUAGAAUCCUCUGGCAAACCCUCCAUCGUUUCAAUGUCUCUCGGCGGUGCGGCCUCUGAUACGUUCGACAGCGGGGUUCUCUCUCUCAUCAAUGCUGGCAUUCACGUCGUGGUCGCUGCCGGAAACGACGGUACUGAUGCAUCUGGCACCAGCCCAGCCCGUGUUGCAGAAGUCAUCACUGUUGGCGCCACGACCAUUGCUGAUGCGAAAGCUUCCUGGUCCAACUACGGUUCGGUUGUUGACAUCUUUGCACCUGGCGCGUUCAUCACUAGCGCCUGGAUCGGCAGCACGACGGCCACUAACAACAUCAGUGGUACCAGCAUGGCUACUCCUCAUGUCUCCGGUAUUGUUGCCUAUCUUAUCUCUCAAAGCGGAAAUACGACCCCGGCCGCGAUGAGCACCCUCAUCAAAUCCCUUGGUGUCUCUGGUGUCCUGACCAGCAUUCCUUCGGGUACUGCCAACUUGUUGGCCAACAACGGGGACUGAGGGCGCCUGAGUUUGUUUAAUGAUAUAAGUGUAAAUAUAUGAUGUAAAGUAGCCUGAAUAUCGGCGGACGUAUUUUGAAGGGAAUAGAAAUGCUUCAUCACAAUAUUAUAGUUUCCCAGUUUGUUGGGCGCUGUAUAGGCCUUAAGUGUAGCUCAUUAGCUGAAAUAUCAUAUGCAUAUGGCAUGAUAGGAUAGCAGCGAUGUUUACUUGAUGGUAUACAUACGUUGUCUAACAUUGCUCCUCAGUACGGACGGUGACAUCUCGUUGUUUUGGUUCUGUA